AUGGGAUACCGGAGAAAACAUAUUCGAGGUGCUAGCGGUGACACGGAAGCUGAAUUCGAUGCCGCGCUUGACGAUGCCAUCGAGGCUGCCUAUGACGAUGGAUAUGACCCUAUGGACGCCCCUGAUGGACGCAGAAUAUAUGAUGAUGAUGACGAUGUUGUUGCCAAAGCAAUGAGGAAAGUCGAACUAGCUAAGGAGCGAGUACGGCAGUCUGAACGAGAGGCUGAGAAGCUUGAAAACGAGCGCGAAAGGCGUCGCAUGGAAGCGAUGAAAGACGACGAACCGACACUACCAGAAGACUUCUAUGAUGGUAACGAUUCAGAUGACGAGGAGCGUAUGCUUGAGGAGAUGACAAAAGGUUAUGCGAUCGAACAAUUUGCUUUCGGGAAACCAAUCAAACCCCUCAAUGGCUUCAAAUCCGCCGACAGCAACUACGGUACUCUCAACUGUCACCGAAAAUACCGUGGUCCCUUCGAUCUCCAAAGCACAAACCCCAGCAGCCCCGCCACCAACUUCGUCUCUACCACAGCUGCCGCCACAGCGUCCUGGCUCUUCAGCUGGUGGUCAGAAAGCUGCAGACUCACGGAGAGAUAG